AUGCCUCGCGCUGAAGUUGGUACUCCCAAGUACCUCGCCAACAAGAUGAAGGCGAAGGGCCUUCAACGGCUGCGAUGGUACUGCCAAAUAUGCGAGAAGCAGUGUCGAGACGAGAACGGCUUCAAGUGUCACACCCAGUCCGAGUCCCACCUCCGUCAGAUGCUCGUUGUUGGAGAGAGCGCAGGGAAGCACAUAUCCGACUUCUCCAUGCAAUUUCAGCACGACUUCGUGCAGCUACUCUCUCGUCGGUUCGGAACCAAGCGAGUCAAAGCCAACAACGUAUACCAGGAGUUCAUUCAAGACAAGAGCCACCUGCACAUGAAUGCCACUCGAUGGGUCACUCUCACGGAGUUCGUUAAGCAUCUGGGGCGAACGGGUGUGGCACGGGUGGACGAGACGGAGAAAGGCUGGUUCAUUGCAUGGAUUGAUAACAGUCCAAAGGCGUUGGCGAAGCAGGAGGCCUCCAUGAAGAAGGAACGGAUGACGGUGUCCGACGAGCAGCGCGAGCGCACGCUCAUUGAAGAACAAAUUGAGCGCGCGGCAGCCGAGGCAGAAGUGUCGGGUCCGGGCUCCAAGUCGGAAGACUCUCCGCCGGUGGAAGUCGCAGGUCUACAGCGCGACGAGACCACCGAAAAGGUCGUCCUUUCCUUCACGCCAAAAACGACGUCUGCUGUGGCGACCGGCGGACUCAAGCUUAACCCGUUGAAGCCCGCAUUAAACCCGCUCAAGAGCACGAACCCGUUGAAGAGACCGAACGUGUUCAAACAAGCCACGACCCCGUCGUCCUCGGCGACUUCCUCCGUUGCCCCGGAGAGCGAUAAGGUCAUCGGGAAGAAGAGGGGCGCGCCGAUGUCCGCCGCGGAACGACUCAUUUUCGACGAGCAAGAGAGGAAGAGGCGACGAAUGGAGCGUGAGGCAGCGUAA